AACUGAAAAUGUCUCAGAAUCCUGACAAGCCACAUUCAAGUGAAGGAAAGCUGAGUGGUUUGGAGGAUGGUCAAGAGGAGAGCUUGGACAACCCGGAUCAGUCUAUCAGAAAAAGAAUACGGCAGAGUGCUCCAGGGUCACACACAGAUGACACACCAAAGUCUAGUCCUCCUCGGCCUGUGUCGGUAGAAGAGCUCAUGGAAACAGCUAAGGGAGUGACCAAUAUGGCAUUGGCACACGAAAUCGUUGUUAAUGGAGACUUCCAGAUAAAACCAGCCGAGUUACCAGAACACAGCUUAGAAAAAAAAGUAAGAGAUAUUGUGCAUAAAGCUUUCUGGGAUUGUCUGGAAGCUCAGCUAAAGGAAGAUCCGCCAACGUAUGACCAUGCAAUUAAACUACUGGGAGAAAUUAAAGAGAAUCUCCUGUCUUUCUUGCUGCCUGGUCAUACUAGACUGAGAAGCCAGAUUACGGAAGUUCUUGACCUGGAUUUGAUAAAACAGGAGGCAGAGAAUGGGGCCCUGGACAUUUCUAAGUUGGUCGAAUUUGUUAUUGGGAUGAUGGGGACUCUCUGUGCUCCAGCUCGAGAUGAAGAAAUUAAGAAACUGAAAGAUAUUAAUGAAAUAGUUCCUCUGUUCAGAGCAAUUUUCUCUGUAUUAGACCUAAUGAAAAUGGAUAUGGCAAACUUCGCUGUCAGCAGUAUUAGGCCAAAAUUAAUGCAGCAGUCUGCUGAGUAUGAAAGAAAGAAGUUUCAGGAGUUUCUUGAGAAACAGCCAAAUUCUUUAGACCUCGUCACAAGGUGGUUGCAAGAAGCAGCGGAUGAUCUCGCGAAGCUGAGGUGUAGGGCGUUGCCUCUGCGCUGUAGCGGGGAUGGUGCCGCUGGUGGAGCUGCUGCCUUGUGCCCCACAGCUGUGCAGAACCAGGCCUACCUGAAGCUCCUUAAGUGGGAUCAUGUCAACAGGCCUUUUCCAGAGACAGUGCUAAUGGACCAGAGCCGCUUUCAGGAAAUACAGCUGGAGCUGGAGCAGCUCCUCCUGACGGGGACCGUCCUUCUGGUCACAUUCAGCGCAGCAGGCUCCGCACUCGUCGAUAUGCCUGGGUUUGCAGAGAAAAUCAAAACCGUCGUCAAGGUGCUGCUGGCAGGGAAGCAAUAGUCCCCCUCCUUUAACCUGCAGGAAUCUUUGGCUACCAUCGGUGAAAAGGUGUGUGCCGAAGUGAACAGCUGCCUCUCCCGGCAUGGGUUUACACCGCUCUCAGCUGAGAGAGAGACCGGACUGAAGGGGCAGAUCCAAGCAGUGGCCGACCCGGACAACACCAUACGCAGGCUCAUAGAUUCUCGAAUUGAAAAGUUUCUGGAGAAUUAUCUUGCAUCUAGCCACCAGAGAUCCUUACCUGCUGUUCCUGGAGGAUUAGGCCCUGUUCAGAGAGAGCUGGAAGAGGUCGCUGUCAAGUACGUUCGUCUUGUCAACUACAACAAAAUGGUCUUCAGCCCUUUCUAUGAUGCAGUCCUUGGCAAAAUACUGGCUGAGGGGGAAUCCCAGCUCGUAGGGAAGUCAGAAGAAUCGUAA